AUGAACCACUCCAAUUUCUCACAUUCAUCCCUCGAUGAGAACAUGUACGACAUAUCGAUUUCUCGAAAUAUCAACACGAAGAAAUCGUUCAAAUCGGCCUACUCGCCACAGAGGGUGGGAUCCCUAACCUCUUUGACAGCUUUGAAUGAUGUGCAGCCACAACACCCGAUUGCACUUACCUCCAACAAACGCCCGGGGGAAAACUACUUUAUUGCCAAGUUGAAUCAGAGCAACCCACACUUGGACUCCGCAAUACGACCAAAGCUGGGAGAGUCGAUUCUCUCUCUUCAAUCAGACGAAACGUCGCACCUGAGCCACUUCGAUCCUCAUGAUUCCAGAUUGAGCUCCUUGAGUAGCACUUCAAUAAUAGACCCCUCUCCCUCAGAAUCUCCAUCAAACAAUCAUUAUAGCUUUACUCUGUCGACGGACUUGACUAUAGACGAGGAAGAAGAAGACGAAGAAGAUGUUGUUGGCUCCUUGAGAAAAGUUAAGGCUGAGCAACAUCUGAGCGGUGGAAGUGAUGAUGAUGAUACUUACAGUAUAGUUCUGGGAGACAUGAUACGUAGCAAUUCCACUAUCACCUUGAGAAACCCAGUAAGACGCUCUUCGACAGGAGCCAGCUCCAAUACUCCUGCUAAGACAAGACCCAAGUUGACUUCGUUGUCCACCGGCAAUGUAUCGACCAUACCUAGUGCAAACGGCAACAGGAUGGGUCUUCUCCGUACAAAAACAAAAUAUCUUUCAAAGGAUCAAAUUAAAGAACGUCAACUCCUCCGUAAGCAAGAAUACGACGCAAAUGACGAUGACGAUGACGAAAUCCUAAACAAUGACCUCGAUCUCGUUUUUAACGUUCCAGUGAUUACCAAUCACUCUGAAUUAUAUCUUCAUCAAAGACUCCCCUCCUCAUCAACUCCAAACUUACCAUUGAGCCGUAAAUCGUCCGUCACGUCAGAGAAGUCUGCUGCGGGCUCAAAAGUGAAGUCUUAUUCCAACCUUAUGCUGGACAACAAAUACUAUCCUGCUCCUAAACCAUUUCCCAUGCCUGGAGUGAACGACCAGGCAAGCCAUGAUGCCAUGGUAGGUGGGAAUACUGAUAUAGAUCACCACGUCACUCACAAUAUUUCACAGUACUACUCGCAAAGAUCGACAUCUAUUUCCAAGCUUGUGAAGUUGUCAAGAGAACAAGACUUGAUGUACAAAUUACCAAACUUCGUCAAGUCCCAAUCCAGCUUGGAUGACAUGCAAUUGAUGUCCACUGAAAAAUUGAAUUAUUUGGACCAAACUAGACCUAUUAAUCUCCCACCAAAGUCUUCUUCAGAUAUCUUUAAGCACAAUAAAGAAUUCAAGAAGUGUUUAAGUGACUUUGAACUUUAUAAUCAAAACUUCAUAAAUUCUAGACAAAGGCAACAUGAUAGUCGCAAUGGAUAUUUCAAAGCCUGGGAAGAUUUGAGUCAAUCCAGUACGAAGGAAGGUGGGCACAAGGAUUUUGUAAGGAAACUAUACAGGGAAAGAAAUUCCGUUAGAAGUUUGAAUUGGAACUCGAAUUGUCCAACAAAUAUUAGAUGUUCACUUUUGAAUGGAUUUCUUCAAAUUUCACCUGUUCAAGUGACCGAAGAAGACAGUUUUUCAUAUCUUAUGAGGAAGUAUGAAAGUUCACCUUCCAGCAAAUUAAUGGGAAAAGAUUUAGAAUUCAGUCAAAUAAUUCGAGUUAUUCUUGACAAACCAUUAUACAAAGCCAUAAUAAGUAAACUCAACAAGGAGAAGAUCGGCAGUAUAAUGGAAGAGUUUAAAACCUUAUUGUAUCUCCAGUCUAUGUCUUCGGAUGGACUUCAUAAACAUGAUGAGCUAUUCCUUAUCCCUGCAAUAAUCUUCUCAUUACCUGAGAAUUCCACUGAAGAAAAAUUUAAUCUUGUCCAACGAAUUAACGCCAAGGUGUUGAAUAAAGAAUUUCUUGUCGAUUUCAAUGAAUCAUUAGGAAAGUGGGGCAGUGUAGGUACUAGCUCCCUUCGCAAGAUCUUUGGUAAUGAUAAUUUAAAAGAAUUUGAAAACUUGAAUUCCAACAAUAUCUGGGAAAUAAUUAACCAAUUGUCUGAUACUCAACCAUUGAGUUUAUCUGCACCAUCUACCCCGAUUUUGAUUCAGUCAUUUUCAUCAUUAUCAUUUGAUACUGAAAACAGUGAUAACUCUGGCAGUUCUGAAGGAAGCACUGCUGCUUCGUCUGCUUGCCUCGAGUUGAUCACCAAGAUUGUUCAAUCUUUAGUUGUCUACGUCAACUCAUCUGCGCCCAAAAAAUUUCAGUUGAGAAUUUUGCAAGGGUUUAUGUUGGCUAUCUUCCAAUUCUAUCAUUUUGGUUGGAAUAAUUUUAAUGACUUAAUUUCCAAUAACGUUCCAAUCAAAUUGAAUAAUUCUAAUAAUGCUAACGAAAACUUGAACUCAUUUGUUAAUAAGUGGAAAGAUUGUUUACAAUAUUUCUAA